AUGCUGCUAACUUUAUUCAGGUUGACCAUGAUCGUUCCGCUACUAAUCCCCGUUUGCGUCGAAACCAAUGCCGAGAAAUUAUCGUUCGUACCGUCAGAGGAGAAGAAAGUGGCGGCCGGUGUGCCGCAUCGACGGACCGUUACAUUUUUGAAAGGAAACGAGAAAUCGAUUCAAGAUGAAGAUAGGAAUCCCAUGCUACAGAAAAGGCAAUUGAGCAAGAACAAUCGAUACUUCAACGAACAGAAUUUGAGAAUGCGCCAUAGCAUCGUCUCCGAUCCCGUGGAUUAUAGAAUUCCUAGAUCAGAUAUCGAAACUGGUGGAUUGGCCCACAAAAUGGCCAAGGACGCGCUGAAAUCGCCCAAGGUGCAAGAGACGAUAAGAAAACUUUCGCGCGUGUCGCCCCCGGGUCAUCUUCAGGCCACGGUGAAGAUACCAAUGACCAAGGGUAACUCGAAGCUGAGCGAAGACAAAAGAAAUCGAAAGGGGUUGAGGCACAAGGGGCGAAAGAAGAAGAAGAAAAAAAGGCAUCAUAGAAGAUACAUGAAACAACCUACUCAGAUAAAGAGGGGAUCCCCUAAGAGAACGUUGGACAGCAAUGGGGACAUUAACACGUUAACAAAGCGAUCAAAGCGAAGGGUGAAUACUACGAUUAAACGUAGUCCAGAUAAUCUCGAUGAUAUAUCACGCGAAAACACGUCCAUCUCAGAAUCGAGGGACAAAGUCACCGCUGUUCACGUAGACGACAGCGAUUACGUUGAUUUCUCCUCGUCCCCAAAUAUCGAGACGACCGAAUCCAUUUUUGUAGAUAUGCAAAAUGACGAGAAAUUGCGAAAUCACGAGAGCGAAAAGAUGAUCGAACAUUUGAUGCAGACCACGACCAAGAAUCCGUGGAAAAAGAAAUCAGGGGACCAAGGGGUCGAGUAUUCGGAUUACUAUAGCGACGACGAAGUACUCCAAGACGUCGCCGCGAAUAAAAUUUUGCCGCAACUGAUCGACUCGAGAGAUCCUUACGAUCGAUUAACACGACAGACCUUAAAUUUCACGUCUUAUCGUGACUGCAGCCGUCCGUUCGAUAGAGACUUGCAACCGUAUUAUCCGGAUUACGAUACUCGUAGAACGUAUCGUGGUUUCAAGAACGACUAUGUCAAUUCUCUUAAUAAUUUUCAGAAUUAUCCGACAAAUGACCGUAUCGCGACAUUAAAUCGGAAUUCUCGAGUACUCGGACCGGAUGAGGCCACGUUCAAUUACGCGACCAAUUAUGGAGUUUUGGACUAUCGAAAUCAAAAUUAUGACACCUCGUAUGCCGCGCCGAGCGUUCCGGCGGAAGUUCCGGAAGAUCCGCAAGCGUUCGAAGGGAACAACGUUUCCGAGUUGUCGAAUAAUUACGAUACCUUCGAUCCGAAUAAAUCAGACGGUGGUGAUCGACAGCCUGUCAUCGAAUCGCAGAAUCCAGACCAAUACGAAUACUCGAACAAUCAGUACGAAAUUCCUGGCGAACAAUUUCAAAGUCUGAGCACCAACAUGCCCCAAAACUUGAACUUGAACGGGGCCGUUGAACCGUUGAUCCAGCCUCAAUAUUUGAACAAUUAUCAACCGAUAGAUACAAACUCGCUUGGUGGGAAUUUCGAUCAGACCAAUAUAAUGAACCAACCGGAAAGUAUGAGAAUUCCAAACGCGGACAAUUACUUCCCGAUCCAAUUUUACAAUAAUCAGCAGGAAACCCAGCAGGAUAAUCAAUUAGAGAAUCAAGAAAAAAAUAUGGAGAACUACGCGUUGCAAUCGACUUUUUACAAUCGUCCAUCCGUCAGUCUUCCCAACGCCAUGGAUCAACCAUUGGGCAAGAUCCUUGAAUCCCUUGGGAUCAACAUUAACGGGGGUCAAAAUAAGGAGAUCAACAUGAACGAAAAUAACAAUCGACAAAUAUUGCCUUAUUCCAACGAUCGCACGUUGGACGUGAUAAAUUACAUAAGGAAGAGACCGUACGAGGUCUAUAAGGAAGAGUCGACUGGUUACGGGGACAAUAAUUUCAGAGGUUUGGAGUAUCAAUCGUUCCUUUCCAAGAACAGGAACAAUAUGAAAGAGGACCAGAGGCAAUUGAAUCAAAAUAUUUCAUUUGGGAAGGAAAAUGUGGACCGUGAUCAUACGAAUAUUACAGGCGCUGUGAGGGACACGAAACAAGUUGCAAACGAAAUACUUGAUACCAUAAUGGAGGAGCUGGAGGAUCUGAAGGACGAUCGGUUGAAGAACAACAAGAACAGAGAAGGCUUACCUUGCCGUUUGUCAGGGUCCUGGUCAACAACUCAGGCCGGAGUGAAACUGGAUAUGAGGGUCGUGAAUCGUACUAUAGUAGUGACAGUUUCCAACUUCACGUCAUCCCGUUUACAAGAAAGUUUGUUGAAUGAAACGUGGAACGUCUCUGGUCACGUCCCAUUCAAACGUGGCUUGCCGUUCACCCUCAUCGCCACCCAUAAUUAUACCAAUUCUAUUGCCGUGUUUGUCGGUGCCUGCAGAGUUUGUCAAGGUAUCGACACUAUAGCAGGGGUUUGGUCCGUUGCCCGACAACCAAAGGAUUGCAAGGAUUUACAGGCAGCCACGAGUGUCUUCAACGAUAUUUUUCGUAAAACGCAAUUGUCCAGUUUGAAAGAAGGCGAAAACACUGAGAAUGCGACAUUGAAGCAUAACAAGACGAAAAGUUAA